CAUAGACUGUCAACUGUCACAUACAUACUUCUACUUCAUACUUCAUUUUAUUUACUUUAACCUAAAUUUAUUUUAGUUGAUCAACAAUUUUUUUAGUUUAUUUGACAAACUUUGUAAUUUUAAAUUAUGCCGAACUGGAAUCAGAUCCAGGCUCAACUAAGGCAUCCAGCUAAUCCUGUAGUAUUCUUUGAUGUAUCAGUAGGAACUACAGAAAUCGGUAGGAUGAUAUUUGAACUUUUUGCCGAUGUAGUUCCCAAAACCAGUGAAAAUUUUCGACAGUUUUGUACAGGAGAAUUUAGAAAAGAUGCAGUACCUCUUGGUUACAAAGGAGCUAGCUUUCACCGUGUUAUUAAAGACUUUAUGAUACAAGGGGGAGAUUUUGUGAAUGGUGAUGGAACGGGUGUGAUGAGUAUCUAUGGAGGAAGUACAUUUGCCGAUGAAAACUUUAGUUUAAAACAUGAUACACCAGGACUGUUAUCCAUGGCAAAUAGUGGAAAAGACACAAAUGGUUGUCAGUUUUUUAUAACUUGUGCAAAAUGUAAUUUUCUUGAUGGAAAACAUGUUGUUUUUGGGAGAGUUAUUGAUGGACUUUUAGUUAUGAGAAAAAUUGAAAAUGUACCUACAGGGCCUAAUAAUAAACCAAAAAUACCAGUUACUAUUGUACAAUGCGGACAAAUGUGAAUUUAAUAAAUUUUUUAGGAUACUAAUUAAGCUAAGAAAUUUAGUUUUAUGUGUAAAAAUAUAUUUUGAAUAAUAAAAUAAAUUCUUCUUUGAUAA